AUGGACAGUGCGGAGAAGAUCGUGCUUGGAGCGGCAGCGAUCAUCGUUAUAAUAGUGGUUAUUGUCAUAUCAGUCGUUUACACUGUUUUACAACGCCAAGCUCAAGCUGCUCUAUCAUCAAAUGAUCUAACAGCUUAUAUUUAUAAUCAAUGUACAACAAACAUGCAAAAUCCGACGUUAUUGUUAACUUUAACUAAUCAAGAUAUGUUUGAUUAUCGACAAUUUAGUUAUUCUAUUAGNAUCGUGCUUGGAGCGGCAGCGAUCAUCGUUAUAAUAGUGGUUAUUGUCAUAUCAGUCGUUUACACUGUUUUACAACGCCAAGCUCAAGCUGCUCUAUCAUCAAAUGAUCUAACAGCUUAUAUUUAUAAUCAAUGUACAACAAACAUGCAAAAUCCGACGUUAUUGUUAACUUUAACUAAUCAAGAUAUGUUUGAUUAUCGACAAUUUAGUUAUUCUAUUAGUUCAAGUGUAAUUUCGACCAAAUUGACACUUGCUUUUGGCUUUCAACAUCAAACCGAUUUCUGGGGCCUAGAUGACAUUGUCGCUUUCGAUACAUAUACAAAAACAAGUGAUUCAACGAAUUUAGACGGUAGUUUUGAAUCAAAUAAUCUGACGAUGUCCUAUUCACAAUGUCGUUUAACAACAGAUAAAAAUAACUAUCCAUUUUUAUCACAGAUUAGUUGGGAUUUUCCUCAUUUAGGUAAUUGUUACUAUACAGACGGAACACAGAGUGGACUGACUUACUUAAUUCAGUCAUUUCCCAUUGUGGGUGGCCGAACCUACGAUGUGAGUUUUUGGCUGCAGAACAACGGAAAUGGACAAAAUUUAGCCGUCGUUCUCGUUGAUGCCUGA